AUGGUUUCAAACAAUGCUGUUCCGAUGAAGUUAGAAAGUUCUGACAGAAUAUAUGUAGUUGUCAGAACGUCAGAUUCUCAUAUGCAAGAUACAGAAUAUUUUGACGACUUAGCAGAAACUUUGACAUCUGACUUUUACAACCACUUGUUCUCAUAUUUCAUGACAUUAGAUAUUUCUAAGUUCAAUCCAAGACAAAUUCCACAUACCGAAGAGAGACAAACAUUGUUAGAAGCAAACAAGAGUGUAUAUGAACUGUUCAUAGAAGAAAGCGACUUUGAGUGUUUAGAUGAAAAGUCUUUAUAUGAUGAAUAUAAACAAUAUUGUCAAGAGUAUGGUUAUAUGCCAGCGUCUAAACGAACAUUCUUGGCAAAUGUCAAAAGUCUUUUAGACGUACAGAAUGGUGUAUAUACAAAGAAAAAUUUUUCUGAGUAA